AGGAAAAAAAUAAAACGGGGGUGGGGGCUUGGGAGGGGAAGCUGGAUCUUCUGUCCUCACCUCGCGCAGGCGGCGGAGCUGGCUUGGAAACAGACGAGCCGGGGAGAGAAGAGAUGAGCCCCCAGCUGUCCGAGAGGUGGAUGAAGAGAAGCCCCCCAUGAUGGGGUCCUGCGUGUCCCAAGUUGCAGAAUUCUUCGCAAGUGCUCAGAAGGAAUAUUCCAUCGCCAGCCACCCACAGUGCCCUCCUUCCACUCGCCAUGACAGUCAGCAAGUGCCUGCAGCUGCCCUGGAGAAAGACAACAGCAAGGAAAACCAGAUGGAUUUCUGCUGGGACCCUGUGCAGAAAUGUUUCAAGACAUCCAGUGGGAUCCUUUCCGAUUCCAAAUCUGGCUCCAGCGGUUACAAUGUCACGGCCCUGGCAACCUCCUCUCUGGUGGGGUUAGUCCAGACCAUAAAGGACCACAUCACCAAGCCGACCGCCAUGGCUCGUGGCCGGGUGGCGCACCUCAUCGAGUGGAAAGGCUGGAGCGCCCCCCAGGUGGGCUGCGAGCCGUGGCUGACGGAGGAAGAGCACUAUUCCUACCUCACGGACGAGCUGAGGGAGGCACGCUUUGCAGCAGGGGUUGCCGAACAAUUCGCCAUCACCGAGGCCACCCUGAGCGCCUGGUCCUCGCUAGAUGACGAAGAAAUGAAUUACGGGGACAGCUCCCAGGAGAUCGUACAGCUUCAAGACCUGGAGAGCAUCUACCUGCAGGAGAAGCUGCUGCUGAGGCCCCAGGUGAUAAGUAGCCCCAACCUGGAAGGCAGCCUGCCCGCCUGCUCCUCCUCCACAAACACCUCCCCCAUACCCUGGGUGCACUCCAGAGUGGACAGGUGGAACUCACCCCACCCCUUCCCCGGGGCUCUCCCCUGCGGCUCCCCCCAGACCGGGGGCUCCCAGGCAGACAGCUUGGAGAAGGAGCAGGCCUGCGUGGGGAGGGAACAGGAGAGCACGCGGCUCAGCAACUCCCUGCACUACGUGGACAGCAGCUCCUUCUCGGAGGACGAAGUGUUUUAUAACUAGGUCCCCUGCCCCUCCCCAGGACAGGAAGGGGGACAGGGCUGCCCUGAGGAUGGAGCGAGGGGCCCUGCUGAGGUGGCUAGUUCCAGCUCUGGACGCUGCUGGGAGCAGGGAUUAGAAACCACCUACUGGUUGGACACCAAUAGCAUCCCUCCGAAUGGUGACCGCUAGGGCAGCCUGGAGGGCCGGGGCUGCUGGGCCCUUUAGAGGCGGCAUAAACUGGACUGGCGCCAUUUGCACCAAGUCUGGGGCUUGGAUUGAUUUUCCUUCGGCCAAGGCUGCUGAGCUGCAUUGAGGAGAAUCUCUGCAAGACCAAGACCCAUUCCGUCCCCCGGUGGGUUCCCCGAGGGCUGGGACAGCAGGGGAGCAGGGGAAGCAUCUGCAUCCAAGCGUGUUCAGUGUCUGUGCUUCAGCCAGCAGCCGGCCACCCGCAGCGCUCCCAGCUAGCCACGUCGGCGUGUGGUCUGUAUGCAAGCCGGCACCCACCACCUUGCCUUCUUGUCUCCACAUAGUUCGGACAAGCUCCCAGCCGGUUUAACAGGGACGCGCCUCUGUGCUCCCCCCUGCAAUUCCAGCUCGCUGCAGAGUUGUGUUCUCAAGCCACUCAGGGCCAGGGGCUUUGGUGUUUGUCUAGCGAGCAGCUGGCUUGUACUAGGAAGUCACCCUGGUCUCUGAGGCUGGGCGUUUCAAAGGCGCCUAAGGGGGUUAGGUACCCAAAUUCCAUCGAGGCAGGCGGCUGGAGAUGUCUAAUUCCCACAAGCUCCUAAAGGCGGAAAUGCUACAAACCCAGUCAGUUUGGUACUUCCUCUCUACAGGACCGUAGUUGAUUGCAGGGCUCAGCUGCCAUGUGGAUGCUAGUUACAUCCCUCAGCCACAGCCAUGCCCCCUCACUGCGCUGCAGCCUUGGGUAGGGCCAGGCCACAGCGCAGUUUGGGGACCGUGGUCACAACGGGGUCAACCUCAACUACAUGCCAGGCCCUACCUCCAGCCAGCCCCACCCCCCACCCCCCACCCUUGCUGUGCACAGCUGCCUUUGGUUCUCUGACCCUC